AUGUCUUCUUCAUCACCUUCAACUCCGACAAGUGCAACGCCGCAACAAAUUGGCAAAGCAUUUGUUGUUCAAUAUUAUCGUCUUCUUCAUGAACAUCCGGAAUCUUUACAUCGAUUCUAUUCGACAUCGUCGACAUUUAUGCAUGAUGAUCAUCAAAAGACCGCUAAGGGAAUAGAAGAGAUUUCCAAACGUAUUGAAGAAUUAUCUUUCAAGCAACGUCACGUGAAGAUUCGUCAAGUCGAUUGUCAUUCAACCGUCGGUUCGUCUGUUGUCGUUCAAGUUUGCGGUGAAAUAUCGUCAUCGUCAGUAAUCGAUUCUCAAACUCAACCGAUCAUGAAACGUUUCGUUCAAACAUUUGUCUUGACACCAGCAGAUAAUUCCAAACAAAAGUAUUAUGUCCACAAUGACAUCUUUCGAUACCAAGAUAGUCCAACACCAACUUCAACGACUGAGAAUAUCAAGACAACUCCUGAAGCAUCAGCGUCAUCGUCAACAGUGAUUGAAACACCCAUUACACCGUCAGCAUCGAGUACGAUCGAAUUUUAUGAUAAUACCGUUGCUGAGAAAAAGGAAGGUAAAAGUGAAGCGAAUGUUUCUUCAACUGUUCCUAAAACGCCACCAGCUACGCCAGCUGUUGCUGACCCAACCAAAGAGCAACCAUCAAAACCAAAGUCUUAUCGCGAUGCCAUUGGCAAAAAAGAGAAAUCAACUGCUGCAGCGCCACAACCACCAGCAAAUACAACAGCAACAACUACAGCAACAGCAGCAGCAGCUACAGCAACUGAAAAUCAAUCAACAGCAUCAACGAAAAAAUCCAAUAAACAACAGAAGAAAGCAGCAGCCAAAGCCAAUGCUAACAGCAAUCGUAAUCAACGUGGCCAUCCUCAAGAUGCCAAUGAUUACUACGAUGAUUCAUGGUAUCAUGAAAAUGAAGGUGUUGAAGGUUAUCUUUCAACAGGUUACACCGAUGAUCAAGAAAUAUUCGUUGGAAACCUCUCCGCUCAAGUCACCGAAAAUGAAAUUCAUGGAUUAUUUCGCCCAUACGGUAGUCUUUUACUGGUUCGCAUUGGUAACACGGGAUCUCAGGUGGGCGCAGCUAAUUUCGCCUUUGUUGUCUGUCAAUCAAUCGAAAUGGCCAAAGCAAUUGUUGCCGAUCAUGAGACUUUUUUGAAAACUCAUCAAGUGAACGUCGAAGCAAAGAAACGUCGCCCUUUUCCUCAUACAUUUCGUCCAACAUAUCCAACAGCUGCAUCACCAACAAGCUAUCAAUCGACUGGCUAUCCAGCCGCAUUAUACAAUCAAUCAAGUUAUUACGAAGGUGUUCCAACACGUGGUGUCCGACGUGGUGGCCGCGGUGGCGCGAAAUGA